AUGUCUCCUCAAAAUCACACGAGGCCAGCAAAGGCAGUACGUGCUAUUCUCUGCAUCACUUUGCUGUUUAUUUGCAUACUUUGGCGUCUUACUUUUACCUGGCUGAUAGAAUGGCAUUGGAGUCAGCCCGAGGAAGUGGCAUUCCAGCAUCCCACUCUAACUGAGGCUGAACCACAAAAGACCGAUGGGCUAAUCAGACAGGCAAGAUCAACUCUCAACGAACUAUGGAGGCUGAAUAAUGCCUACUUCCCUACUACACGUAAUAGUGAAGCCUCUCUGCCAACCGUACGUCUGAACAGUCUCCUGUCUCAGGCUACACUUCAGAUCACGGCGAGACUGGGUCUGCUGGACAAACUCAGCGGCCGACGCGACAGAAGACGUGAGGAAGUGGAUGCACUGAGCUCAGAGCUGCGGCAUCAGAUUUCAAGACUGCAGAAUCCUCCCGACUGCAGUGGGUCCCGUUUCGCUUUGGCGGAACAGUAUUAUAUCUGCGGGUUUGGGUGUUCUGCUCAUCACACGGCUCUGAAGUUUUCAUUUGCCUUUGCAACCAAUCGCAUUCUGCUGCUGCAACGCAAUGACUGGAAGGACUUCUUCCUGCCGUUCUCUAACUGCUCGCUGAAGCACACCGAAGGACUGCCAGACAUCCCUCACCUAGAAAACGGACUUUCAAGUGAGAUGAAGCCUUAUUAUCCACCGGCUAUUCCAGGGGAAUUGGCAGAGAAACUACGUGGUGCACUUGGAGAUCCCUUUCCGUGGUACCGUGGACACCUGUUGGAUUACAUUCUUCGUCCGAGAGAUCCGGCCGUGCGUCGUGAACUAGAAAUGGAAGUAGAAGAUAUGAGGAUAGGUGGGAAUGGACCAAUCGCCAGCGUACACGUUCGCCGAACUGAUAAACUCGCCUGGGAGGCAGAGUUCCAUGCACUGGAGGAAUACAUGCUCCAUGUCGAACACUUUUUCGAUUUGAAGGAAGUGGAAUACGGAUUGAAGUCUGGCAAUGCAAACCCACCCACCUGGUCUUGCCGGCGACGCGUAUUCUUGGCUUCUGAUGAUUCAUCAGUUUUCCAGGAAGCCAGAUCGCGAUAUCCCAAAUACGAGUUUAUUGGUCGACAGAGAGAAGGAAGUGCAUUUGAAAAUCGUUGGUCCACCGCAGGUGUGCUCGCCAUCCUCGUGGAUCUGCAGCUUUUGGUGUCGGCCGACUUCCUGGUCUGCACGGGCAGCUCCAACGUUUGCAGACUUGCCUACGAACUUCUCUCAGCAAAGUCCCCAAUUCAUGGUGAUGCCGCAUUCCAGAUGCAGUCGGUGGAUCAGAUGUACCAGUGCAGCUUUACACAGAGACGCUGGUGGCGAGCCAUUGCGGAUUUCAAGCAGGAGAAUGUCAAGCUGGGGGAUUAUGUUUCUAUCCACUCAACACAGUGGGAUGGCUUUGCGAAGACAGCUUUGACGUUACGCAUAGCUUAUGGCAUCACAGUGCCGGCGUAUCUAUUUCAAGAAGUUGUUCAAACUAUCCCUUAA